AGGGAUUGAAUAACCUCAUGAUUGAAAAAUAUUAUAAAACGACAAGUUGGUUUCCUUUUGUGUAUUUUUUUUUUACAAUAAUUAAUCAUAUAGACACGAACUCAUUUAGUUCGACACAAAGGACACGAUUACAUCGUCUCCACUUCCACCAAACGACGUAUCACUCUGACGAACAAAUCAGCGAUGAAAGAAUCGACGACAUGAGAUUUUAGGUGUCAAUAAAACGACAUAUCGUUUGGUUUUGUGUGAAGAUCCAUCUUGGCAAUGGGCCUCGGCUGUCCAUGCAAAAAAGCCCAACCCAGAAAGCGUUUUCAGUUAACUUUCCCGCUCUUUUAUCUUUCCAUCUCAGGCGAAGUACCGAAAUCAAGACGCCGACGUUAAAAACCCAGUUUUUUUCGUUAUAUAUACCCUACGCCUACGUACCGCAAAGGCACAAAGAUAAUAACUACUAAAGAACAUAACAUUCCUCUGAAUCUCUCUCUCUCUGAGCUAUUGGGUUCUUUUGAAAACGCAAAAAUGGUGGCAGAAGUGGCUGCUCCGUCUAGAACACGACGACCACCUGAAACAACUGUACUUCCAGUUCCAGAGGCUAAUCUUCACAAGAUGUCGUUGUAUGUGGGUGACCUGCACCCAAGUGUCGAAGAAACUGACCUCAUCGAAACGUUUCGUUUCAUGGGUCCCCUUGCCUCCGUUCGCCUCUGCCGAGACUUUUUCACCGGAAAAUCCCUUUGUUAUGCCUACAUCAACUUCUUUUCUCACUCCCAUGCAUCUAAAGCUCUAGACUGUCUGAAUCACACUGAACUAAAGGGUAAGCCCAUAAGAAUAAUGUGGUCUCAAAGAGAUCCUCUUCCGAGAAAAACUGGUGUUGGCAAUAUCUUCGUGAAGAAUCUCGACCGUUCGAUUACCAGUGCUGAAUUGCAGGAAAUGUUUCGCAAAUAUGGGAAUAUACUUUCUUGCAAGGUUGCUGAAGCAAAUGGUGAAAGCAAGGGUUUCGGGUUUGUCCAGUUUGAUUCGGAGGACUCUGCCAUGGCUGCUGUUGGUGCUCUCCAUAAUUCAAAGAUCGAAGGGAAAAAGUUAUAUGUGACAAAAUUUGUCAAGAGAACUGAGAGGACAGCAGCCAAUGAAGAAGAAACAUCAUUUACAAAUCUGUUUGUGAAAAAUCUUGAUAUAGAUAUCAGUGUGGAUUGUCUUCGAAACAAAUUCUCACAGUUUGGAAAGGUUUAUAGUCUAGUCAUACUGAAGGAUUACGAGGGUAACUCAAGGGGUAUGGGUUUUGUAAAAUUUGUGUCCCCGGAAGACGCUAAGAACGCUGUUGAGAGGUUGAACGGUUCACUGUUAGGAUCAAAGCACAUGUUCGUGGAAAGGGCUCGUAAGAAAGCUACGACGGGGGAACUUUUCAAAACUGGACACAAUAUGUUCAACUGCCAGUUUGAUAAGCCUUCAAAUUUGUAUGUUACGAACCUAGACAUACAUGUGGACGACAACAAACUACGAAACCAUUUUAGUUGCUGCGGAAAUAUAACAUCUGUUCGAGUGAUGCGAGAUAAGAAUGGCAUCAGCAAAGGAUUUGGUUUUGUUCGUUUCUCUACUCAUAAAGAAGCCAAGAAUGCUCUCAAAACACUUGACGGAACUGUUCUAGAACAAAAAUCUUUGCGUGUGACCUUCGCUUGGCAGAAAGAAUAUCACCGCAAGGAAACUAAACUCUACUACCCUCAGCCAUCUUCAAAAGAUUUGGAUAUUCCAAACUGGGAUAAUGCUUCUUGUUCAUUCACUUUUGGCCAAUACAACUUGGGUCCUUCCUCCUCUUUACACUCUCCACUUCCAUACCAGCCAUUUGAGUAUUUCAAUUUUGGCCAUAAUGUUGGUCAUGAACAGUAUCCAUGGCUUUUACAGAAUUACCUGCAACAGUUCUCCACAUGUGUGCCAACAAGGCAAAUGCAGCGGCAGGGUAAUCAGAAUUUCCGACCCAGUCAAUCUUGUGUUCUUACCGAUAUAUGAGCUAUGGGAAUCACGGGGAUAAUAAAGUUAGCUGAAUGUAAUAGGAUGCCAGAACGUUGAGGAUCAUUUUGUAUAGAAUCUUUUACUUCUCAUUGUGUAGGAUUUU